AUGCGUGAGAUGGGGUUCAAGUAUGACCCCAGUACUGCAGGUUCGAGCGUGAGGUUCGACCCCCCUGAUCCCCGCGAUACGCCAAUUACGUUCCAUCGGCCUCAUCCCGAUUCCACGCUGUAUCCCGUUAUGCUGAAAGACUUUGGCAAGAGAUUGAAGCGGACGUAUGGAUGGUCCGAGGAAGAUUUCUACAAAGCGGCCCGUUGA